UGGACCGGAAGUGGGAGCGGGUACCUGUCAAAUUCGGGUACCCGCUCCCACAUCCGGUCCGAUCGCUUAGGCGAUCGGAAGCAGAAGGUGUCCUCCCUCCCUCCCUGUAGUCUUUUGUGACACGUGACAGAUCCAGAAGACUACAGGACCAUUCUUGAAGUGUAGCGCUACUCGCACAUGUGCAGUGGGUACCUGGCUGUGAAGCCGCAAGUAUCGCAGCCGGGUGCCCACACUGAAGAUGCCGGCCUCCUGGAAUCCAGGACGGCACUAUGGGACUGAGGG